GCAGGCAGCUAGAGACAGGAUACCCCAGAACAGUCAAGUCCCCAAUCUCUAUGCUCUGAGGCCACUAAGUGGAAAGCAGCAGUAAGAACUGGUGAGAGGACACAAGGGCUAUUGUCCCUAAGUGCAGAUAGAGGCACCAGAGAACAAAAUGGGGGAUGGCUAGAAUUUAGCCUACCUAGACCCUGGCACAAGCUCCCAAAUUCUAAUAGACUCACAGGAUCAGCCAAGAAAAUGCAGGACUAUGGUCCCCAGGCUUCCUGUUUGGUGUACCUGCUGCUGCUGCUACUAUUGUCUACGCUAUUUAUUGCAGUCCAGAGUUUUCUGUACCCUCGAUCUGGCCAAAAGCCCUAUCCUGAGGAAUCUGCUAGGUUCUUUAGUUAUAAUGUCAGGAAGACAAGGCAGACUGGGGUAGAUGAGGAAGAUCCUCUGCAAUAUUGUGACGGUGACUUUGACAUUUACUUCAUCUUUGACAAGAAGCCUCUUCUGCUUCUGUCCUUGUUCUGCCUGCCUGCUGUUUCCCUCUGUAACCGGUAUCCUGUGGGCAUAUUUCUACUGCUUAAAGGGGCCUCAGCAUCUGAGAGUGUCAUGCAUCUUUUGGCCCCUGGACAGAUGGUUGAGCAGCAACUUGAGAGAAGACCCCUGCUUUCGGUGGGGAAAAAGGGAAGGCCUGACUCCAGUCAGAAGGGAUUGACUCCUCUCAGAGCACCUGUGAGCUCUCCUUCAGGUGCCUUUGGCCUGUCCAAAGCCGUGCCAAAAUGGGCUGACUUGUACACAUCCUGGGAAGAUAUGGUGGAGAAAUACAUGAACCCCAAACAGCAUAUGAGCUUCAUUCUCUUUGAUACCACAGCUUCAAUCAAAAUGCCACUCACCUCAGAAAGGUGGAAAAUCCGCCAAGAGCUCACCAAACUUAAGAACGUUGCGAUGGAUGGAUCAACAAACCUACAGAAAGGACUGGAAAAGGCUAAUGAACAGAUCCAAACCGUCAACUCAGGAGCCACUAAAAGGACUAGUCUGAUCAUUGUUGUCAUUUGUGGGGACAUGACACCACAAGUAUUGAAGGAAUCUAAGGAUGAGGCUGAUAAAGCUCGGAGCAUGGGGGCAUAUGUUUACUGUGUCGGUCUAAACAACUAUGAUAGACAAAAGUUGAAUGAGAUUACCGACAAUGAUGAAAAUGUGUACAUUGUGAAAGGCCAAUCUGAUAAGCUACAUCAGGAAGUAGACUUGAUUGGCACAAUGACCUGCCUUGAACUCAGACAAGUGGAGCAUCUGUGCGUAGGAGAGAAUCACCCAGUACUCUUACGUGGAUACGGCUUUCACAAUGCAAAGAAUCUCAGUGAUGCUAUUUGCAGAUUCAAGUUCAGUGACUCCACAAUCAUUGAUAAGAAUCCAACUAAUAAGAACUCCACUGUCAUGUUUUGUCCUGCACCAAAGAUAGAGCAACCCGGACAAAUCAUCUUAGUUGAAGUUAGGCUGAACAGUGGAAAAGACUUCCUGGCCCACACCAUCCCUGUGAAUACUUCUGACUGUAUACCUCCAUCAGUGACCACCACUCCUGCCCCUGAAAACUCUACCCUACCAACAACCAUUCUGACAACGCCGCCAGGAAACCCUAUCCCCAAAACAACUAUUCCAGGCCGCCCUACUGUACUUCUCCCUCCUCCUCCCCCACCUCCACCUCUACCUCCACCUCCACCUCGGCCUCCAACUUCACCUGUGCCUCCACCGCCAGCCAUUGUUCGUCCACCAGCUGAGCCAAGCAAGGAAGUUUUGCUCAGCACCAUGGUCCUGCUCCUGAUGCUGAUCCCUGUAGUGCUGUGGUGGAUCUGGUGGCUGUGCUACAGGCGGCCUGUCAAGGCGCUGCCAGCACCUGCACCACAACCAAUGCCCCAAAAGAAAGAAAAGGCCCCUCCUCCAGUGCCUCCCCCAGCUCCACCUCCAGCAACGAUGAAUGAGCCCCCCAUUGUGAUCAUCUGCUGCUGUACCUGCUAUGAUGUGUGUGUGAGAAAAGGUCCUAAGGGGCCGUACACCAACCUUAACCUCCUGAAGGACCUCUGUUCUCGAGUUCCCUGCACCUCUAAGGCCCCCUUCUCCCCACCGGAGGAAUACCUGUGCCUGGCCUCCUGUUCCCAGUGCCACCAUCUCCCACAUAAUUAUCCCAGGGCACUUCCUCUGCUCCCUCCUCCUGCCCAUGUGUCUCCCAAAGCCCCAUUGUCACUUCCUCCCAGGCAGUAGACCUCUCAGACACCACAGAGCCAAGAUUGAGAGGUCUUUCUUUGUU